AUGACUGCCGCCGAAAAGAAGAUGUUCCAAGGAACGCGUGCCAUUCUGAACUAUCGACGCGAACGUGACCUUCUCGUCUCCCAAAUCAAGUCCUACAUCAGCACUCUUAGAGCCAAGCCCGAGGGCAACUACCUGGCCGAAAUUACCCUGAACAUCCAAAGCCUGGCCAUGCAAGCCAACAAGGUCAAGUGGGCCUCCGAAACCCUCGCCGUCGACGCAAAGGACAUGAACUACGUGACCUCCAAGGAAGCCAACUUCUUCUCCCACACCAUCCCCCGGCGCUGCAACAGCCUAGGCACGGAGUCCAUCAAAAUUUACAAACUCCUCCUCACCCACCAAACCAAACCACUCGUGAAUAUCGAGCAUGAACUCGCCAUCGACCUGGAAACAAUUCUGACUAACUUGGGUUUCAAUUAG